AUGUUGUUUCUUCCAUUUUUUUCUACUUAUAAUCCAUUGACAUCUUCUAUUCUUCUGGCCGAUGUUCAUUUCAUCUUCUUCAAUCUUCCCCAUUAUUAUUAUUACCAUUAUUCUUUAUUAUUAUUAUUAUUAUUAUUCACCUCUGCCUUUUUCUUUUCUUCUGGUUCCAUUUCUUCCAUCAUCCAUUUCUUCAUUAUUAUUAUUAUUAUUUUUCUAUCUUCUUCAUUUUCUACUUCUCCGUAUUCACCAUCAUCUUCUUCUUCCCAUUAUUAUUAUUAUUAUUAUUUAUUAUUAUUAUUCUUCUUUAUCCUCAUCUUCUUCAUUUUCCCUUCUCCAUCCUAUUCACCAUCAUCUUCUUCUUCCCAUUAUUAUUAUUUUUAUUAUUCCAUCCUAUUUUCCUCAUCUUUUUUCCUCAUCUUCUUCAUUUUUAUUCCAUUAUUCAUCAUUAUUAUUCCCAUUAUUAUUAUUAUUAUUAUUCCCUCUGCCUUUUCCUUCUUCUUUAUCCUCAUCUUCUUCAUUUUCUACUUCUCCAUCCUAUUCACCAUCAUCUUCUUUCUUCCCAUUAUUAUUAUUAUUAUUAUUCCUCUGCAUUUUCCUUCUUCUUUAUCCUCAUCUUCUUCAUUUUCUACUUCUCCAUCCUAUUCACCAUCAUCUUCUUCUUCCCAUUAUUAUUAUUAUUAUUAUUCACCUCUGCCUUUUCCUCCUCCUUUAUCCUCAUCUUCUUCAUUUUCUACUUCUCCAUCCUAUUCACCAUCAUCUUCUUCUUCCCAUUAUUAUUAUUAUUAUUAUUUCCCUCUGCCUUUUCCUUCUUCUUUAUCCUCAUCUUCUUCAUUUUCUACUUCUCCAUCCUAUUCACCAUCAUCUUCUUCUUCCCAUUAUUAUUAUUAUUAUUAUUAUUCCACUCUGCCUUUUCCUCCUCCUUUAUCCUCAUCUUCUUCAUUUUCUAUUAUUAUUCCACUUUCCAUUAUUAUUAUUAUUAUUUUCCAUCCUCUUCACCAUCAUCUUCUUCUUCCCAUUAUUAUUAUUAUUAUUAUUCCCCUCUGCCUUUUCCUUCUUCUUUAUCCUCAUCUUCUUCAUUUUCUACUUCUCCAUCCUAUUCACCAUCAUCUUCUUCUUCCCAUUAUUAUUAUUAUUAUUAUUCCACUCUGCCUUUUCCUCCUCCUUUAUCCUCAUCUUCUUCAUUUUCUACUUCUCCAUCCUAUUCACCAUCAUCUUCUUCUUCCCAUUAUUAUUAUUAUUAUUAUUCCCUCUGCCUUUUCCUUCUUCUUUAUCCUCAUCUUCUUCAUUUUCUACUUCUCCAUCCUAUUCACCAUCAUCUUCUUCUUCCCAUUAUUAUUAUUAUUAUUAUUAUUCCACUCUGCCUUUUCCUCCUCCUUUAUCCUCAUCUUCUUCAUUUUCUACUUCUCCAUCCUCUUCUCCAUCAUCUUCUUCUUCCCAUUAUUAUUAUUAUUAUUAUUCCUUUUGCCUUUUCCUUUUUCUUUAUCCUCAUCUUCUUCAUUUUCUCCAUCUUUAUCUUCCUUCCCAUUAUUAUUAUUAUUAUUCUUCUUCCUUUUUCUCCUUUAUCCUCCUUCUUCCUAUUCAUCCAUUCACCAUCAUCUUCUUCUUCCCAUUAUUAUUAUUAUUAUUAUUCCCUCUGCCUUUUUCCUUCUUCUUUAUCCUCAUCUUCUUCAUUUUCUACUUCUCCAUCCUAUUCACCAUCAUCUUCUUCUUCCCAUUAUUAUUAUUAUUAUUAUUCACCUCUGCCUUUUCCUCCUCCUUUAUCCUCAUCUUCUUCAUUUUCUACUUCUCCAUCCUAUUCACCAUCAUUUUCUUCUUCCCAUUAUUAUUAUUAUUAUUAUUAUUCCCCUCUGCCUUUUCCUUCUUCUUUAUCCUCAUCUUCUUCAUUUUCUACUUCUCCAUCCUAUUCACCAUCAUCUUCUUCUUCCCAUUAUUAUUAUUCUUAUUUUUAUUCCCCUCUGCCUUUUUCCUCCUUCUUUAUCCUCAUCUUCUUCAUUUUCUACUUCUCCAUCCUAUUCACCAUCAUCUUCUUCUUCCCCAUUAUUAUUAUUAUUAUUAUUCACCUCUGCCUUUUCCUUCUUCUUUAUCCUCAUCUUCUUCAUUUUCCUUUCCAUCCUUUCACCAUCCUUCUUCUUCCCAUUAUUAUUUUUAUUAUUAUUCCUCUGCCUUUUCCUUAUUUAUCCUCAUCUUCUUCAUUUUCUACUUCUCCAUCCUAUUCACCAUCAUCUUCUUCUUCCCAUUAUUAUUAUUAUUAUUAUUAUUCCUCUGCCUUUUUCCUUCUUCUUUAUCCUCAUCUUCUUCAUUUUCUACUUCUCCAUCCUAUUCACCAUCAUCUUCUUCUUCCCAUUAUUAUUAUUAUUAUUAUUCCCCUCUGCCUUUUUCCUUCUUCUUUAUCCUCAUCUUCUUCAUUUUCUACUUCUCCAUCCUAUUCACCAUCAUCUUCUUCUUCCCAUUAUUAUUAUUAUUAUUAUUCCCUCUGCCUUUUUCCUUCUUCUUUAUCCUCAUCUUCUUCAUUUUCUACUUCUCCAUCCUAUUCACCAUCAUCUUCUUCUUCCCAUUAUUAUUAUUAUUAUUAUUUCCCCUCUGCAUUUUCCUUCUUCUUUAUCCUCAUCUUCUUCAUUUUCUACUUUCCAUCCUAUUCACCAUCAUCUUCUUCUUCCCAUUAUUAUUAUUAUUAUUAUUAUUCCUCUGCCUUUUCCUUCUUCUUUAUCCUCAUCUUCUUCAUUUUCUACUUCUCCAUCCUAUUCACCAUCAUCUUCUUCUUCCCAUUAUUAUUAUUAUUAUUAUUCCCUCUGCAUUUUUCCUUCUUCUUUAUCCUCAUCUUCUUCAUUUUCUACUUCUCCAUCCUAUUCACCAUCAUCUUCUUUCUUCCCAUUAUUAUUAUUAUUAUUAUUCCCCUCUGCCUUUUCCUUCUUCUUUAUCCUCAUCUUCUUCAUUUUCUACUUCUCCAUCCUAUUCACCAUCAUCUUCUUCUUCCCAUUAUUAUUAUUAUUAUUAUUCCCUCUGCCUUUUUUUCUUCUUCUUUUUAUCCUCAUCUUCUUCAUUUUCUACUUCUCCAUCCUAUUCACCAUCAUCUUCUUCUUCCCAUUAUUAUUAUUAUUAUUAUUAUUCCCCUCUGUUCUUUUUUCCUUCUUCUUUAUCCUCAUCUUCUUCAUUUUCUACUUCUCCAUCCUAUUCACCAUCAUCUUCUUCUUCCAUUAUUAUUAUUAUUAUUAUUAUUCACCUCUGCCUUUUCCUUCUUCUUUAUCCUCAUCUUCUUCAUUUUACUUCUCCAUCCUAUUCACCAUCAUCUUCUUCUUCCCAUUAUUAUUAUUAUUAUUAUUAUUCCCUCUGCCUUUUCCUUCUUCUUUAUCCUCAUCUUCUUCAUUUUCUACUUCUCCAUCCUAUUCACCAUCAUCUUUUCUUCCCAUUAUUAUUAUUAUUAUUAUUAUUCCCCUCUAUUAUUUUUCCUUCUUCUUUAUCCUCAUCUUCUUCAUUUUCUACUUCCAUCCUAUUCACCAUCAUCUUCUUCUUCUUAUUAUUAUUAUUAUUAUUAUUAUUCCCCUCUGCAUUUUUCCUUCUUCUUUUAUCCUCAUCUUCUUCAUUUUCUACUUCUCCAUCCUAUUCACCAUCAUCUUCUUCUUCCCAUUAUUAUUAUUAUUAUUAUUCCCUCUGCAUUUUUUCCUCCUCUUUUAUCCUCAUCUUCUUCAUUUUCUACUUCUCCAUCCUAUUCACCAUCAUCUUUUUCUUCCCAUUAUUAUUAUUAUUAUUAUUCCCCUCUGCCUUUUCCUUCUUCUUUAUCCUCAUCUUCUUCAUUUUCUACUUCUCCAUCCUAUUCACCAUCAUCUUCUUCUUCCCAUUAUUAUUAUUAUUAUUAUUCCCCUCUGCAUUUUCCUUCUUCUUUAUCCUCAUCUUCUUCAUUUUCUACUUCUCCAUCCUAUUCACCAUCAUCUUCUUCUUCCCAUUAUAAUUAUUAUUAUUAUUCCCCUCUGCCUUUUCCUUCUUCUUUAUCCUCAUCUUCUUCAUUUUCUACUUCUCCAUCCUAUUCACCAUCAUCUUCUUCUUCCCAUUAUUAUUAUUAUUAUUAUUAUACCCCUCUGCAUUUUCCUUCUUCUUUAUCCUCAUCUUCUUCAUUUUCUACUUCUCCAUCCUAUUCACCAUCAUCUUCUUCUUCCCAUUAUUAUUAUUAUUAUUAUUCCCCUCAUUUUUUCCUUCUUCUUUAUCCUCAUCUUCUUCAUUUUUCUUCUCCAUCCUAUUCACCCAUCAUCUUUUCUUCCCAUUAUUAUUAUUAUUAUUAUUCCCCUCUGCCUUUUCCUUCUUCUUUAUCCUCAUCUUCUUCAUUUUUCUACUUCUCCAUCCUAUUCACCAUCAUCUUCUUCUUCCCAUUAUUAUUAUUAUUAUUAUUUCCCUCUGCAUUUUUUCCUUCUUCUUUAUCCUCAUCUUCUUCAUUUUCUACUUCUCCAUCCUAUUCACCAUCAUCUUCUUUCUUCCCAUUAUAAUUAUUAUUAUUAUUCCCUCUGCAUUUUCCUUCUUCUUUAUCCUCAUCUUCUUCAUUUUCUACUUCUCCAUCCUAUUCACCAUCAUCUUCUUCUUCCCAUUAUUAUUAUUAUUAUUAUUCCCCUCUGCCUUUUCCUUCUUCUUUAUCCUCAUCUUCUUCAUUUUCUACUUCUCCAUCCCAUCCUAUUCACCAUCAUCUUCUUCUUUUCCCAUUAUUAUUAUUAUUAUUAUUCCAUCCUCUCCCAUUAUAAUUAUUUUUCCAUUUUCUUCUUUAUCCUCAUCUUCUUCAUUUUCUACUUCUCCAUCCUAUUCACCAUCAUCUUCUUCUUCCCAUUAUUAUUAUUAUUAUUAUUAUUAUUAUUAUUCCCCUCUGCCUUUUCCUUCUUCUUUAUCCUCAUCUUCUUCAUUUUCUACUUCUCCAUCCUCUUCACCAUCAUCUUCUUCUUCCCAUUAUUAUUAUUAUUAUUAUUCGAUUUCCUCUGCAUUUUUCCUUCCUUUCCUUUUUUAUCCCUCAUAUUAAUUUUUUUUCAUUUUUUUUUUCUCCAUCCUCUUUACCAUCAUCUUCUUCUUCCCAUUAUUAUUAUUAUUAUUAUUCCCUCUGCCUUUUCCUUCUUCUUUAUCCUCAUUUUUCUUCAUUUUUAUAAUUUCAUCCAUCCUAUUCACCAUCAUCUUCUUCUUCCCAUUAUUAUUAUUAUUAUUAUUCACCUCUGGUUUUUUUUUUUCAUCUUCUUCAUUUUCUACUUCUCCAUCCUAUUCACCAUCAUCUUCUUCUUCCCAUUAUUAUUAUUAUUAUUAUUUCCUCUGACCUUUUCCUCCUUCUUUAUCCUCAUCUUCUUCAUUUUCUACUUCUCCAUCCUAUUCACCAUCAUCUUCUUCUUCCCAUUAUUAUUAUUAUUAUUCCCUCUGCCUUUUCCUCCUCCUUUAUCCUCAUCUUCUUUUUUCCUCCAUCCUAUUCACCCAUCUUCUUCUUCUUAUUAUUAUUAUUAUUAUUAUUCCCUCUGCCUUUUCCUUCUUCUUUAUCCCAUCUUCUUCAUUUUCUACUUCUCCAUCCUAUUCAUUAUCUUCUUCUUAUUAUUAUUAUUAUUAUUAUUUUCCCCUCUGCCUUUUCCUUCUUCUUUAUCCUCAUCUUCUUCAUUUUCUACUUCUCCAUCCUAUUCACCAUCAUCUUCUUCUUCCCAUUAUUAUUAUUAUUAUUAUUAUUAUUCACCUCUGCCUUUUCCUUCUUCUUUAUCCUCAUCUUCUUCAUUUUCUACUUCUCCAUCCUAUUCACCAUCAUCUUCUUCUUCCCAUUAUUAUUAUUAUUAUUAUUAUUAUUAUUCCCCUCUGCCUUUUCCUUCUUCUUUAUCCUCAUCUUCUUCAUUUUCUACUUCUCCAUCCUAUUCACCAUCAUCUUCUUCUUCCCAUUAUUAUUAUUAUUAUUAUUAUUGCCUUUUCCCUCUUCCUUUUCCUCAUCUUCUUCAUUUUCUUCAUUUAUUCCAUCAUCUUCUUCCCAUUAUUAUUUUAUUAUUAUUCCAUCCUAUUCACCCAAUCUUCUUUUCUUCUUCCCAUUUUCUAUUCUCCAUCCUAUUAUUCUUCUUCCCAUUAUUAUUAUUAUUAUUUCCCUCUGCCUUUUCCUUCUUCUUUAUCCUCAUCUUCUUCAUUUUCUACUUCUCCAUCCUAUUCACCAUCAUCUUCUUCUUCCCAUUAUUAUUAUUAUUAUUAUUAUUCCUCUGCCUUUUUCCUCCUUCUUUAUCCUCAUCUUCUUCAUUUUCUACUUCUCCAUCCUAUUCACCAUCAUCUUCUUCUUCCCAUUAUUAUUAUUAUUAUUAUUCCCCUCUGCCUUUUCCUUCUUCUUUAUCCUCAUCUUCUUCAUUUUCUACUUCUCCAUCCUAUUCACCAUCAUCUUCUUCUUCCCAUUAUUAUUAUUAUUAUUAUUCCCUUCUGCCUUUUCCUUCUUCUUUAUCCUCAUCUUCUUCAUUUUCUACUUCUCCAUCCUAUUCACCAUCAUCUUCUUCUUCCCAUUAUUAUUAUUAUUAUUAUUAUUAUUUCUGCCUUUUCCUUUUUCUCCUUUAUCCUUCAUCUUCUUCAUUUUCACCAUCAUCUUCUUCAUCCUAUUCAUCAUCAUUUUCCUUCUUCCUCUUCCCAUUAUUAUUAUUAUUAUUAUUAUUAUUCCCCUCUGCCUUUUUCCUUCUUCUUUAUCCUCAUCUUCUUCAUUUUCUACUUCUCCAUCCUAUUCACCAUCAUCUUCUUCUUCCCAUUAUUAUUAUUAUUAUUAUUAUUAUUUUCCUUCUUUAUCCUCAUCUUCUUCUUCUUCCAUUUAUUCCUCAUCUUUUCUUCCCAUUAUUAUUAUUAUUUUCCCUUGCGUUUUUCCUCCUCCUUUAUCCUCAUCUUCUUCAUUUUCUACUUCUCCAUCCUAUUCACCAUUCUUCUUCUUAUUAUUAUUAUUAUUAUUAUUAUUAUUCCCUCUGCCUUUUCCUUCUUCUUUAUCCUCAUCUUCUUCAUUUUCUACUUCUCCAUCCUAUUCACCAUCAUCUUCUUCUUCCCAUUAUUAUUAUUAUUAUUAUUAUUAUUCCUCUGCCUUUUCCUUCUUCUUUAUCCUCAUCUUCUUCAUUUUCUACUUCUCCAUCCUAUUCACCAUCAUCUUCUUCUUCCCAUUAUUAUUAUUAUUAUUAUUAUUAUUCACCUCUGCCUUUUCCUUCUUCUUUAUCCUCAUCUUCUUAUUUUCUACUUCUCCAUCCUAUUCACCAUCAUCUUCUUCUUCCCAUUAUUAUUAUUAUUAUUAUUAUUCCUCUGCCUUUUCCUUCUUCUUUAUCCUCAUCUUCUUCAUUUUCCUUCCAUCCUAUUCACCAUCAUCUUCUUCUUCCCAUUAUUAUUAUUAUUAUUAUUAUCCCCUCUGCCUUUUCCUUCUUCUUUAUCCUCAUCUUCUUCAUUUCUCUUCUCCAUCCUAUUCACCAUCAUCUUUUUUCUUCCCAUUAUAAUUAUUAUUAUUAUUCCCCUUUUUAUUUUCCUUCUUCUUUAUCCUCAUCUUCUUAUAUUUUCUACUUCCUCCAUCCUAUUCACCAUCAUCUUCUUCUUUAUUAUUAUUAUUAUUAUUAUUCCCCUCUGCAUUUUCCUUCUUCUUUAUCCUCAUCUUCUUCAUUUUCUACUUCUCCAUCCUAUUCACCAUCAUCUUCUUCUUCCCAUUAUUAUUAUUAUUAUUAUUAUUCCCCUCUGCCUUUUCCUUCUUCUUUAUCCUCAUCUUCUUCAUUUUCUACUUCUCCAUCCUAUUCACCAUCAUCUUCUUCUUCCCAUUAUUAUUAUUAUUAUUAUUAUUUCCCUCUUAUUUUUUUUUCUUCUUUAUCCUCAUCUUCUUCAUUUUCUACUUCUCCAUCCUAUUCACCAUCAUCUUCUUCUUCCCAUUAUUAUUAUUAUUAUUAUUAUCCCCCUCUGCAUUUUUCCUUCUUCUUUAUCCUCAUCUUCUUCAUUUUCUACUUCUCCAUCCUAUUCACCAUCAUCUUUUUCUUCCCAUUAUUAAUUAUUAUUAUUAUUCCCCUCUGCCUUUUCCUUCUUCUUUAUCCUCAUCUUCUUCAUUUUCUACUUCUCCAUCCUAUUCACCAUCAUCUUCUUCUUCCCAUUAUUAUUAUUAUUAUUAUUCCUCUGCCUUUUCCUUCUUCUUUAUCCUCAUCUUCUUCAUUUUCUACUUCUCCAUCCUAUUCACCAUCAUCUUCUUCUUCCCUUUAUUAUUAUUAUUAUUAUUAUUCACCUCUGCCUUUUUCCUUCUUCUUUAUCCUCAUCUUCUUCAUUUUCUACUUCUCCAUCCUAUUCACCAUCAUCUUCUUCUUCCCAUUAUUAUUAUUAUUAUUAUUAUUCCUCUGCCUUUUCCUUCUUCUUUAUCCUCAUCUUCUUCAUUUUCUACUUCUCCAUCCUAUUCACCAUCAUCUUCUUCUUCCCAUUAUUAUUAUUAUUAUUAUUAUUCCCCUCUGCCUUUUCCUUCUUCUUUAUCCUCAUCUUUCUUCAUUUUUCUUCUCCAUCCUAUUCCAUCAUCUUCUUCUUUAUUAUUAUUAUUAUUAUUAUUCACCUCUGCCUUUUCCAUCUUAUUUAUCCUCAUCUUCAUUUUUUCUUCUCCAUCCCACCAUCAUCUUCUUCUUCCCAUUAUUAUUAUUAUUAUUAUUAUUAUUCCCCUCUGCCUUUUCCUUCUUCUUUAUCCUCAUCUUCUUCAUUUUCUACUUCUCCAUCCUAUUCACCAUCAUCUUUUUCUUCCCAUUAUAA